AUGAAGCCAGAAAAACGUAAAACAAGUUUUAAUGAAAAAAUGAAAUCAAAAGAAAAUGUUGAACAAUUGAAAUUUGAAGGUUCAUGUUAUUGUGGUUUAUGUCAAUUUAUUUGUGAAGGAAAACCAAUUUUUCGUGUUAUUUGUCAUUGUUCAAUUUGUACAAGAAUUUCAGGUGGUAUUGCUGUUGCAUUUGUUGGAUUUGAAAAUGAUAAUUUAAAAAUAAUUAAAGGAUCAGAACAUUUACGAGGUUUUAAAACAACAGAACGAAUGGAAAGAUUUCAUUGUGAAAAAUGUUCAUCAAAUGUUUAUAAUCAAUCAUUAUUAGCUGAUCGAUUAUUUCGUGAUACAUCAUUAAUGAAUUUUCAAAAAGAUGAUCAAGGAAAUAUUCUUCAUUUAGAUCAAUUAAAACCUGAUAGUCAUAUGUUUUUUAGUCAAUGUCAAGAAUGUUAUUCUGAAAUGUUCAAAACAGAUGGUUUAAUUAAAUUUAGUUCAAUGCCAGGAUCAACAAUUAUUCCAAAUCAUCCAUCUAAAUAG